AAGGUAGUUGAUUGUUGUAUUAAUUAGAUGGGAGAAGGAGGUAAAUUUGGGUGGGUACAUGGUUUUAGCAUGAUGAUUUCCAUUUGGUGGCUGAGGAACUCAAGACUGGGAAUGGAAAGAGAUGAACUUUACUCCUUACAAAAGAGUACUCAUCCAAUUCCACAGUCUAGCCACGUGCAGCUAAACUGCGUUCCACCCCACUCCGCACGUGGCAGCAUUCCAUAACCGAUGCUCUAAAUCAUUCACCUACUCCGCUCUCCACACAAUCCUCAACACACAAAUCUCACUCUCAAAUCAAACACAACACCCUAACCAUCAAAUUAAAACAUACACAUUGUACACCACAAACUCUCAACUUCAUUCAUUUUUCACUUCUUCACUCCACCACUCUCCACUUCAAUUUCAUGCCAAAUCAAAACCAUGUCUGACCCUUCCACCACCCCAUUGCCACAUCCACCACUCUUGCCUGACCCCCACCGCCAACCCCUCCACCACCACCACCACCCCGUCCCACUCAUCCAGGCCGCCGCUGCCGCUGCACCACCCUCCUCCUCCUCCCUCGCUCGAGAAUACCGCAAGGGCAACUGGACCAUCCAAGAGACUCUCAUCCUCAUAACUGCCAAGAGGCUAGACGACGAACGUAGGCUCAAAACCCCACACGACCCCACCAGGCCUGCAUGUAGCUCCACCGCCUCCUCCUCCGCCAGAACAAGCGGUGAGCUACGCUGGAAAUGGGUCGAAAACUAUUGCUGGAGCCAUGGGUGCUUGAGAAGCCAGAACCAAUGCAAUGACAAAUGGGACAACCUCCUCCGCGAUUACAAAAAGGUCCGCGACUACGAGUCCAAAUCACAACAACAGCAGCAUCAACACUCUCACGAAAUCAAACACUUCCCUUCUUAUUGGACUCUAAACAAACAACAACGUAAGGAACAAAACCUCCCCUCCAACAUGGUCUACGAAAUCUACCACGCCAUCACCGAAGUCCUUCAAAGGAAACAAACACAACCACAAUCACAAACUCAAAGACAACCACAACCACAACCGCAGCCUCCGCUUGCAUUAAUUACAGACUCAUCACCUCCACCUCUUCCACCACCUCCCCCACCACCGGUUAGCUCAACCCCUCCGGCGGUUUCAGAGAGGUCGGAAUCAUCAGGCACGGAACACAGUGAAGAUGACGCCGAUGAUGGGUCGGAAUCAAAACGUAGAAAAGUUAAAAGUCUUGGUUCAAGCAUAAUGCGGAGUGCGUCCGUGCUAGCACGAGCUCUCAGGAGUUGUGAAGAAAAGAAGGAGAAGCGGCACCGUGAACUGAUAGAGCUAGAGCAAAGACGUCUUCAGAUGGAGGAAGCUCGCAAUGAAGUUCACCGGCAAGGCAUCGCCACCCUUGUUGCAGCCGUCACCAACCUUUCCGGUGCUAUUCAGUCACUCAUUAAUUCUGAACGCAACGGCCAAAGAUAAUUAAUUAAUUAAU